AUGCUUCCAACAAAGCGUAAGGUGCUCACUGUCGAAGAAAAGAUUUCUUUCAUCAAAUCAAUAGAAAAUGGCGAAAAACAAACAGAUGUUGUUCGACGUACGGGGAUUUCCCAGUCGACUGUGGCUACAAUUUGGAAGGAUAGGAAAAAGUGGCUUGAUGCGGGAAUAGAAAUGGGAACCAAGAAAAAGAUUCGUAAACCUCAGUAUGACGAUUUAGAUCGCGCUAUUCUACAGUGGUUUAAACAACAGCGUAACAACCACAUUCCACUGUCUGGACCUGUAAUCAAAGCAAAGGCGGAAUUUUAUGCUACGGAGCUUGGCAUCGCUAACUUUAAGGCAUCUGAAGGUUGGCUGAGUAAGUGGAAGCAGCGUCACAACAUAAAUUACGGGCAGAUUAGUGGAGAGGCUCGUGACGUCGACAAAAACAUUACAGACGACUGGCUGCAAAAAGUGUGGCCUGGUAUGACAGCUCGAUAUUCGCCAGAAGAUAUUUUUAACGCUGACGAAACUGGAUUAUUUUACAAGAUGACACCAAACAAAACUUUGAAAUUCAAGUCAGAAAAAUGUAUCGGAGGGAAAUUAUCAAAAGAAAGGAUCACAAUUUUGGUGGCAGCUAACAUGACAGGUUCAGUAAAAAGAAAACUUCUGGUGAUUGGCAAGUCUAAGAAUCCACGUUGCUUCAAAAAUGUUAAGCGUCUGCCUGUUAAUUACCAAGCAAAUAAGAGUGCUUGGAUGACGUCUCAAAUUUUUGAAGAAGAGAUUCGAAAAUGGGAUUGUGAGUUGAAGGGCAAGAAAAUUUUACUCUUGGUUGACAACUGCCCUGCUCACCCUGCAAUACCCAAUCUCCAGAACAUAGAACUUGGAUUUUUACCAGCCAACACAACAGAGGCCUAUGGACCAGAGUGUCAUAAAAAGCCAACUAUCCUAGAUGCUGUACAAAUUAUCAGCAGAGCAUGGGCUGAGGUGACAGAGAAGACAAUAAAGCACUCAUUCAGGCACACAGGAUGGCUGGAAGACCCAGUACCAACAGAAGACGAAGACGACUUGUCUCUAGUUAUUUGGGCCCAACAGUUGGAACUUCCAACAACUUAUACGCCAGAGGAGUUACAGGAUUACGAAAACAUAGACGAGACAGUGGCUACAGCAGCAGGAGUUUCAGACGAGGACAUUCUGAAUGCUGUUCGUGUUGUUGUUGAUGACGAAGAUAGUGAGCAAGAGGAAAUUGAUCCAGAGCCGGAACCAGUCCCAACCCCUCUACAAGCCCUGGAGGCUGCUAAGGUGCUCCGCAAAUUCUUUGCUCACCAUGAAGAAGAGCCAACUGCGUCAGAGGAUGCUUCGCGUCUUGAAGAUAAAGUGAGGUCUAUGCUUUGGAAGACCAAAAAAAAGCAAACAACAUUGAAAGACUUCUUUAAUUAA